AUGAAUCGUCGAAAACAAGCAUAUCAGUCUCGGAAUUUAGCGUUGCUUAAAGAAGAAAAACAACGUCAAAUACUUACUAAAGGCGAUCAUGAAGAGGACGAAGUUGAAAACGAACCUGUGCGUUUAAGUCAAGCAAAUGCAAUAAAAACUAAAGUUGAUCAACGACCAACUUCGGCCUAUCAUCGUUCGGUAAACGAAAAUAAAACAUCGAUCGACGGUGAACAUUCGUCCACUCGUCAGCAACAACAUGCGUCGACUCGCUCAGUUAAUGUUUCCUUCAUGUCUGAUGUAUCGAAAACAGGAAAAACAAUGGGGGAAUCAACGUCUAGCAACCAACUAAAACAAUUACUCGAUCAACUUUCAUCGAAUAUGUCAGAAUUAGAGUUGGUCACUGGAUUUAAACCACCGCGAGAUGAUACUACAGUUGCUCAGUCGAAUACGUGUAGCACUGCUCUCGUAUCUGCAUUGAUUUCACUAACCGGACAUGUCAAGCAGUGUGCUGUCAUGUCUAAAAAUAAAUCCGGAUCAGAUUCGUACACAUCAUCCACAGGAUCAUUUCGUCAAGAGAUGACUGCAUUUAAAGAACAAUUGGCUAUAGUAGCAAAAGCACAGCUUGAUUUUCAACAAAAAAUGGAAAAUCAAAUGACCAUGCUACAAACAAUGAUGCAAACUGUGUGUCAGUUAGUCAAUAACGAAAUGGCGACGAAAUCACGAUCAUAUGGUGGUCAUCAACAAUUUUACAACACGAAUGAUACUUCGUCAAUGCAGCAUCUACAUUCGUCUCGUCAGCAACAGACACCGAGUUUUGAUCCUAGUGAACCACGUGAGACAACACAAAAUUGGAUGUCAACAAAAAUAAAUAUGAAUAAUACUAAUACUAAUAACAGACAAACAACCAUGGUACCAAAACGAGAUAUGGAUAAACGGCAAACAACAAAUUCAUCAGUUGAACCCGUAUCGUAUAGCAACAUGAUUAUGCAACAAAUAGAUAGUGGUUUGUAUCAAAAUUAUGUACCUAAUGAUCGUAUUCAUCAUAAUACAUCUGCUUUGUUGUCUAAUCGUUCAACGUAUAUGGAAGCAUUAGACGCAUCGAAAAAACUCGCACGACCAACUUCAGCCACCUCUACGGAUAUAAUCACAAAACAAACUUAUGCAGUUACAACAAAUAACAAUCGUCGAAAAAAUGAUGAACAAGACUUAAAUUCUCACAUUCGAACAACAACAAUUAGCCCUGAUAUGCCUACAUCUUAUGAUAUAUUUGAAUCUGGCUUACCUAAUCAACAACAAACAGCAAGAUAUCCACAGUCAACAACUAAUGAAACAAUAUUAGAAAAAAUUUUACAAGAACGUUUAUUAUUAGUACAACAAAUUGCUGAACUUAAUAAACAACAUGAAUUGACUCAAGAAGAAUUGGCAAAUUUAGAAGUAACAACAUCGAAUAAUAAUAACAAUAAUAAUAAUUAA